AUGGCGCAGAUUUAUGCAAAGGAUCAACCACGAAGUUUUCGAAACUGUAUCGAAAACGUUGCAGUCAUUGGGGCUGGCGGUCGUAUGGGAACGCAUAUCAUUGGAGCUUUACUAAAGACCGGUCAACAUGUCGUGAAAGUGAUUUCACGGCCUAAUAGCACGAGCAAGCUGCCAUCGGGGGUUCAAGUGGAGCGUAUUGAAUAUGGCGGCAAUGAUGAUACGGAGAUUGUCCGAGCUCUUCAAGGACAACAAGCAUUGAUCAUCACUAUGUCAGUUACAGCACCAAGGGAUACUAUUAUCAGGCUUAUACGUGCGGCAGCUAAAGCUGGUGUAUCUUAUAUCUUACCCAAUUGGUAUGGACAUGAUCCUGCGAAUGAAAAGCUUUGUGAAGAUACAUAUUUAGCGGAUGUCAAAAUUAGAAUUUGCACCGAGGUUGAAAGUCUCGGUGUAACUUCAUACAUCUUGCUGGCUUGCGGGUUUUGGUACGAAUUCAGUCUUGGUGGCGGGCCUGACCGCUAUGGCUUUGAUUUCAAGAAGCGAUCUCUUGUUUUUUUCGAUGGUGGCAAUACUCCCAUCAACACGAGCACUUGGUCACAGUGUGGCAGGGCGAUUGCCAGCCUAAUGAGCCUGAAGGAACUUCCUGAGGAUGAAAAUGACAACUCAGUGACUCUCUCUCGGUUUCGUAACAGUCCUGUCUACAUAUCUAGCUUUCGACUAAACCAAAGAGAAAUGUUUGACAGUGUCAAACGUGUCACGGGUACGAAUGACGCGGACUGGACCAUCACCCAUGAAUCCACUGUAGAACGCUACAGAUCUUCGAAGACUUCCAUCAUGCGAGGUGACAAUCAUGCAUUUGUAAAAUUCCUUUACAGUCGUACCUUUUAUCCAAACGGUGGUGGUGACUUUGAGUCCAUACAUGGUCUCGACAAUGAUAUCCUCGGUCUACCAAGCGAGGAGCUGGACCCUGCCACUUCUGUUGCUAUUGCUAUGGGUCAGAGGGAGGAAGUAAUGGAUGAUGAUAUUCACAGACGGGUCAUUCAUAUCUUACAAGACUGA